AGGUUGGGCUUUUUUUUAUUUAGAGAGAUUCGCCAUCAUGCCUGACCCGUCCAAAUCGGCUCCCGCGCCGAAGAAGGGCUCUAAAAAGGCCGUCACCAAAGCGCAGAAGAAGGACGGCAAGAAGCGCAAGCGCAGCCGCAAGGAGAGCUACUCCAUCUACGUGUACAAGGUGCUGAAGCAGGUCCACCCCGACACCGGCAUCUCGUCCAAGGCCAUGGGCAUCAUGAACUCGUUCGUCAACGACAUCUUCGAGCGCAUCGCCAGCGAGGCCUCCCGCCUGGCGCACUACAACAAGCGCUCGACCAUCACGUCCCGCGAGGUGCAGACGGCCGUGCGCCUGCUGCUGCCCGGCGAGCUGGCCAAGCACGCGGUGUCCGAGGGCACCAAGGCCGUCACCAAGUACACCAGCUCCAAGUGAGGCGCGCCGCGCGCCCCGGAACCCAAAGGCUCUUUUCAGAGCCACCCACACGAUCGAGAAAGGGGUUCGAACACGAUGGAAUGUUGUGUAAGCCCGGUUUCGUAAGCGCACUAGCGGUUCCCGGAUUAGCGGGAGGGGCCCCGGCGGAACCGUGUGCGCGCGCUCGGGUGUACGAGACAGAAAGGCAAGAACGCUGAUUGCUCUCCAUAGAGACCGGGGACAAAAACUGGGGCGACAAUGGAGCACUUUGCGUCCGCCCAGCACUAUUAACGCAACACCAGGCGAAGUAGCUGUCAGCUCAAAGGGUUUUUGGCGGAUGGAAAGUGCAUUUCCGGCGCUUGCGCGCGUGACUCCGUUCAGGGCCCGGAGUGUCUCCGCGUGGCGUGCGCCGUGUGGGUAAGGGGGCGCGGAUCAUCUACGCCAGAGAGACCUCGUACCACUGCCCCCACACCCGUGUCCCUGACGGGGGAGCCGGGAGGUGCACCAGAGGACGCGCCUGCUGAGGCCCCGGGUGUUGGCGCGCAGCUUCGGUGGUGGCGCCUGGCGCUGCAUCCCUGCCUAGACUAGACAUUUUUAUUUUCGAGCAAUGAACGUUUCCAAGAAAAUGUUUACGUGGAGGGAUCCUGCAAUGGCAGGAUGUUUUGAAACCGAAAAGGAAACGGAAGCUCGGUGAAAACGCAGCGCCUUGUGCGUGCAGCAUGUAAUAAGCCGCCCCCUGGUGUGGGUAGCUUUAAGUCUGGGCCGAUUGGGGGGGUGAUCAAUUUACGAAAAGAAGAAUUUCUUUUCCCCAAACGAAUUAGCUUUUCCCCCGUUAAGCCACAUAAGUUUUUUAUGAAGCUGUAGUGACGCACAUUUGUCUUUCUUUGAAUUCAUGGUGUUUAUUGGGAAAGUCAUCUUGGCUCAGGGAAAGCUCUUCGGAAUGAAAACUCUUAGCUCUGGAAAGGACAUUGCCUGCUUUUUUCUUGGCUUGUUUUUUGUUUGUAAAAAAGAGAUCCCUAAUAACCGCUUCCUUGAGCCGUUUUGUGAAUUAGAUGUAUUGAGAGGUGUCAUGGUCUCAGGCAAGGAACAGAUGUUCAAUAAAAGAUAAUCGUGCUUUUGCAAAUCGUCUGUCCAAAGGAAGCUAGUCGCGUGCCAGGCUGGGUGGGCGCGGCUGCGGAGGAAACGUCCCCUGCCCCCAGCGUCUUCGGCAAGGCGGCUGGAAACCCCCAUUCCUUUUCCCUCGUUGGGUCCGCUCUAAAAGAAUUUUUUAAACUUUAUACGUUUCAGACUUGGUAUCUAAAAUAUUUUUAUCGUUAAUUGAAAUAGUUGCAAGGAUGCAAAUCCCAAUAUAAGACGCUUUAAAAACAAAAUGAUCAGAUUAAUCUUGUAAAGGUAUCUUUUGGAAUAUCAAUUUACUACCAUAAUUUAUAAAAUAGGUGAUCACGUUUCUCGUUAACGAUGAGGUAUUUUAGAUGACUUUUUUCUCCCUUAACUCAUAUUUCCAUU